GAGGCCGGGCUGUAUAAGAGGCCGGGCAGGGGCAGCGAGGCUGCCAGGCAGAGGGCAGCGCGCCGCGGGGAUGGAGACGGGCGUCCCCCGCAAGCCCUGCUGCCGGAGUGCGCUCACGGGACCCCUUGGGGAGCGUUUCUUCCUCCUCCUCCUCCUCCUCCUGCUGCUCCCCGGCCCCGCGGCCGCCUCCGAGGCACCAGGGCUGCCACUGCACGGAGAACUGGUCACCCCUCACUGGCUUCUGAGAGGACGCAGCAGGCGAGCUGUCAGCGUGGCCGAAAAGGUGCCAGCGCCUGCCCGGGGGAGGAUGGCUGUGACUGCUGAGGGCAAGGAGCUCAUCCUGGCACUGGAAAGGAACCAGCUGCUGUCCCCGGACUACACCGAGACGCACUACGCAGCCGGCGGGCAGUCGGUGACGCUGUCUCCCAACUACACCGAUCACUGUUAUUACCACGGCCACGUGCGAGGGUACCAGGACUCCUGGGUGGUUCUCAGCUCCUGCUCGGGGAUCAGCGGCCUGAUCGUGCUGAAUGCCAACGAUAGCUACUACUUGAAACCCCUGGGGACCCCGGAACCUGAGCAUCACAUCCUCUAUAGGGCAGAGCACUUGCCAGUCGAAGGCGGGACUUGUGGGCAUAGCGGCCUGUUAGGAAGCAGCAUAGCUGACAUUGCCAGACUCGUCAGGCCGGUACAUCGGCGGGCAAAGAGAGACACCUGGAGGACCCUGAAGUACAUGGAGCUGUUCAUUGUCGCCGAUUACACCCUGUUCCUCAAACAGAAUCGCAACCUGGGCCAAACGAAGCAGCGGAUCCUGGAGAUCGCCAACUACGUGGACAAGUUUUACAGGUCUCUGAAUAUCAAAGUGGCCCUCGUUGGCCUGGAAGUGUGGACAGAGAGGGACCAGUGCACGGUCACCAGUGAUGCCAACGCCACCUUGUGGUCCUUCCUGCAGUGGAAGAAGGCGCUGAGGUCUCGGAAGAAGCACGACAAUGCCCAGCUGUUGACCGGCGGGAACUUCCGAGGGACGACCAUUGGGAUGGCCCCGCUGGAAGGGAUGUGCAGCGCAGAGAACUCGGGAGGUGUGAGCGCGGACCACUCGGACCUGCCGAUCGGAGCCGCCGCCACCAUGGCUCACGAAAUCGGGCACAACUUCGGCAUGAGCCACGACAGCGAGGGCUGCUGCGUGGAGGCCACCCCGGCUCAAGGAGGCUGCGUCAUGGCCGCUGCCACUGGCCACCCAUUCCCUCGCGUGUUCAGCUUCUGUAGCAAGAGACAGCUGGAGAGUUACUUCCACAAGGGAGGCGGGAUGUGUCUCUUCAACAUGCCCAGCACCAAAGACCUGGUGGUGGGCAAGAAGUGUGGAAAUGGCUUCCUGGAGGACGGGGAGGAGUGCGACUGUGGGGAGCUGGGGGAGUGCACCAACCCCUGCUGCAACGCACACAACUGCACGCUGAAGGCCGGAGCCCAGUGCGCCCACGGGGACUGCUGUCAGAGCUGCCAGCUGAAGACAGCCGGGACCAUGUGCAGGGAGCCGGCCGGAUCCUGCGACCUCCCUGAAUACUGCACGGGGGCCUCGCCCUACUGCCCCGGCAACGUGUACCUGCUGGAUGGCUCGGCCUGCGCCGGCGGGGAGGCGUACUGCAGCAACGGCAUGUGUCUGACUCAUCACCAGCAGUGCGUGCAGCUCUGGGGCCCAGGCGCCUGGCCGGCUCCCGAUGCCUGUUUCCAAGAUGUCAACACGGCCGGCGACACGUAUGGGAACUGCGGCAAGGACAGCCAGGGGCAUUACGUGAAAUGUGACCGGAGAGACGCCAAGUGCGGCAAGAUUCAGUGCCAGAGCUCGGCCAGGAAACCCAAGGGGACCAACACCGUCUCCAUGGACACCACCAUCCGCUUUAACGGGCGGGAGGUGAAAUGCAGAGGCACCUUCAUGUACGCCACCAAGGACGACGAGGGGGACCUGUCGGACCCCGGCCUGGUGAUGACGGGGACCAAGUGCGGGGAUGGGAUGGUCUGCAAGGAUCGCAGGUGCCAGAACGCUUCCUUCUUUGAGCUGGAGAAGUGCAUUUCCCAGUGCCAUGGCCACGGGGUUUGUAACAGCAACAAGAACUGCCACUGCGAUGCCGGCUGGGCCCCCCCGUACUGCGAGAAGCCAGGCCUGGGGGGCAGCGUGGACAGCGGUCCCGUGCAGCACGACAACCAUGAAGCCAUCUUGAUCGCCAUGCUGGUCAUCUUCCUGCUGAUCCUCCCCGCCACAGCUUUGGGGAUCUACUGGUGCUACAGACGGAAGAACUCACUCCUGAGCAAAUGGAUAAAGACCACGAGGAAAAGCCAGGAGACGGGCAGGAACGGCGCCAUCCAUCAGAAGGGAAACGGGGGCCAUUUGAACGCGGCUUUCACCUUGCAGGAUGUUUCCUCCUCUGGUAAAGCUGCCAACAGCACUAACAAAACAGCUAGGGGCAUCUUCCCCCUCAAGUCGAAUGGUUCCCAGCCCAUCAGCAUUGUCCACCCCCUUCGCCCAGCUCCCAGCCCAGCCGCUCAGCCCCACCGAGACCUCAAGCCGUCCAGGCCGCCGCCUCCUGGCGGCAAAUCCCCCGUCAUUCCGGCCAAAGUGAUCAGCUCCCAACCCAAGCUGCUGCCUCCGAAGAAGCCUCUUCCCAGCAGCCCCGUGAGGACCCCUGUGAUCGUCCCAAAGCACGGCCCCCCUCGCCGGCCUCUGCCUGGGAGCCCUCUCCUGGCCAAGACACCUCCCUCGGCACCGGGACGGACCCUGCUGGUCACGGUCCCUCCCACCAACUUCAAGGCGGCAGGGGCCAGCUCUGCCAGGUACCUAACCAAGCCCGUCCCGGGGUUCAAAGUCCAGUCCGCCUCCAUCCCCUUUAAGAAAUGACAAACGUGGACAAAGCAAGAGGAAUGUGCUCCCCGAACUGGUUCUCCUCAUUUGCACUACUGCGGGCGACGGGGCUCUUUUGGAUACCAAAGGACUAUUUUUAUACGAGGGAAAAUGUUUCUGCACAUAGGGGGGAGGGUGCGGGGGAGGGGAAAGUGGUACGGUGGGCAGCUUGCGGGGUUAACCGUGACGCAUCAGCUGCCUGCCAGGGGAAUCACCCAGACUCUGCUCCUUCCCAGCUGUGCCUGCUGGGCUGGGAAGGAGCAGAUCUGGCUCUCCUACGCAGCCAGCACUGAUGGAAGAGGCUGGUGACCAGCCCCAAGACAGCACCUAGCAACCGUCUCCUCCAUGGCGCGCCUCUCUCGCCACCAGACUCCAAUGCUGGACGUUAUUACCGCAGCUGGCGCCGGCGAGCCACGCGUCCCGGGGGGACCAUGCUAUUGCCGACUCAAACGGCGCCACCUAGCGGUGGGAUGUCUGACUGGCGUAUCCCUGGAGGAUCCUUAUGGUCACCCUCCCCGGCCUCCUCCGUGACAAUCGUGGAGAACCCGCAGAAUAAGUUGCUCUGAAGACGAGCCAGCUGGGAGCGCUUCUCUCAUGCGGCACGUGUGGCAACGGGGUUUCAGCUGCACGGCUAUUUCAGGGAGCGGUUCCCCAGCCACAUGCUUUGUGCCCAUCAUAUGGUGUAAGCCAUGUGGUUGCUUUCUGAGCUGCUAAUGUUUUAUUAUGAAAAGGGGGAAGAAGUGUGGACCAGUGGUGAGAGCAGGGGGCCAGGGAGACCUACUCCCAACUCUGCCACUGACUCACUAUGUGGCCUUGGCCAACUCGCUGCACCAGUCUGUGCCUCAGUUUCCCCAUCUGUAAAAUGGGGGUAAUAAUACCUACCUCACAGGGGUGUUGUGAGGUUUGACAAACUGAUGUCUCUCAAGGGCUUUACGAUCCUCAGAUGGAAGGUGCUGCAAAGUAUUACGAUGUGUUUAAUGUCUGAGUCACUUUCCUAUGACAUGACACCUGACGUCGUCAGUGUCUCUGAAGUGAGAACAAUGCCUUUCUCCGGU